CCUGUCCUCAGACAUGAAUAGGUCUGUCCUUGUUGCUGUUUUCCAGGUCAGUAUCUGCGUCUGAAAGCUGAGUGUUGGCUUUGACUUAGUUUUUCAUAGUUUUGGGAUGGAAAUUAACCCCUUCAUGUCCACGUAUAAAUGUUUCCAAGUCCGCGCGAGGAAAAACCAUUGCUUCUGUGACCUGAACGGUGUCUUCUGGAAGGAAGCCAAAGGUGGAUUUUAAGUGAAACCUAUAAAUUGUAUCUGGAGAAACACCAAGAUCAACUGAUUCAGCAAACAUGGAUGGAAAACCCACCUGUGACCAGUGUGGAAAGACUUUCACCAGAAUGAGUGGGCUGAAGGAACACCUACGCAUCCACAGAGGAGAAAGACCAUAUGACUGUGUCCAUUGUGGGAAGACUUUCACCAGAAUGCGUGGGCUUAAGGAACACCUUCGCAUCCACAGAGGAGAAAGACCAUAUGAGUGUGACCAGUGUGAGAAGGCUUUCACCACAGCAAGUGACUUAAAAAGGCAUCAACGCAUCCACACUGGAGAAACACCAUAUGACUGUAAGCAGUGUGGAAAGGCUUUCAGCACAACUGAUGGCUUAAAAAUCCACUUACGCAUCCACACUGGAGAAAGACCAUAUUACUGCGACCAAUGUGGGAAGACUUUCACCUCAGCAAGUGACUUAAAAAGGCACCAACGCAUCCACGCAGGAGACAGACCAUAUGACUGUGACCAGUGUGGGAAGACUUUCACCAGAAAGAGUCAUUUUAAAAUCCACCAACGCAUCCACACUGGAGAAAGACCAUAUGAGUGUGACCAGUGUGGAAAGGCGUUCACCAUAGCAAGUGACCUAAAAAUCCAUCAACGCAUCCAUACUGGAGAAAGACCAUAUCAUUGUGACGACUGUGGAAAUUCUUUCACGUCAGCAGGUGACUUAAAAAUUCACCAACGCAUCCACACUGGAGAAAGACCAUAUGACUGUGACCAGUGUGGGAAGACUCUCAUCAGAAAGAGUCAUUUUAAAAUCCACCAGCGCAUCCACACUGGAGAAAGACCAUAUGACUGUGACCAGUGUGGAAAGGCAUUCAUCACAGCAAGUGACCUAAAAAUCCACCAACGCAUCCACACUGGAGAAAAACCAUUUUCCUGCGACCAGUGUGGGAAGACUUUCAGAUCGUUGUCUGCUUUACGUCCUCACCGCCGUGUUCACCACAAAAAGAUGAUGUACCCUUGUCAUAGGUGCACGAAGAUAUUCUGGUCAUCUUCCUCUUACAAGUAUCACCAACGGACCCAUAUUGGAAAGAAUCCCAACCACUGCAGAUUCUGUGACAGAUCUUUAACAGGUUCACAAUGUACCAAACAUUUCCACAAAAGACAAAAAUUGAACAGCUGUACAAAAAGUAAGACUCUAGAAAAUAGUAGAAACAAUCAGUGUCAUAACACACCAACACCGUUUGAGUGUUAUCAAUGUCCAAACAGAUUCUUGUCAUCCUCUGCUCUCUCCUAUCAUCAACACAGAUGUGAAUCAUCAACGUCAGGACCAAAAAGUACUUCAGCAUCAGAUGAGAAGAAACACAGUGUGUCUGAACCAGCACCACCAACUUCUUCUGACAAGAACAUCAGACUUAAAAACCUCCAGAUCUGGCUCCAUAGAGUCCAGAUGUGAAGACAAACACGAGACUGAAAGCUGUGUUUUAUUGUCCUCAGAGUAAAGAAGUGUGCUCUAAUGCACCACCUUAACAAAAUAGUGACGUUACAGAACCUCCACCUGCCACAACGUGUAAAGUUACGCAGGUGGAAGAAAGCUGUUCUGCAGGCUUGGUUAACAUGAGCUUUAAAUGAUAGAUCUGGGUCAAAUAGAACUCCUAGGUUUUUAGCUGUGGCACUGGAGGCUAUACUCAUGUUGUCCAGAGUGACUAUCUGGUCAGUUAGGAAAGUCUCUCAUACUUUUAGGGCCUAUGAUAAUGACCUCUGUUUUUUCAGGGUUAAGUAAAAGAUAAUUAGCGCUCAUCUGGGUCUUUAUGUCUCAGACACAGACAUUUAGUUUAUCCACUAGCUUGGUCUGAUCAGGUUUAAUCAAUACAGUUGUGUGUCGUCUGUAUAACAGUUGAAAAUUAAUGUCAUAUUGUCUAAUGAUGUUACCUAAAGGCAACAUAUACAGUGUAAACAAAAUGGGCCCAAGGACCAACGCUUGCAGCAUGCCAUGAAUAACUCUUGAAUAUGGUAAUGAUUGUUGGUUUAUAUUGACAAACUGGUACCUAUUAGAUAAAUAGGAUUCAAACCAGCAGAGGGCUGCUCCUCUAAUGCCUAUGUCCCAUUCUGAUCUCUGCAGUAAGAUACUGUGGUCGAUUGUGUCAAAAGCUGCACUCAGGUCCAACAGAACCAGGAUCGAAACCAGUCCAUCAGCAGCAGCUAGUAACAAGUCAUUAGUAACUUUGACUAGUGCAGUUUCAGUGCUAUGACGGGCUUGAAAACCAGACUGGAAAUGUACAAGUAAACUAUUGUCCUGUAGGUGCUGACAUAGCUGUUUGACUACCACUCAUUCAAGGACUUUUGAGAGGAAGGGCAGAUUUGACAUUGGCCUAUAGUUGGCUAGAAUGUCAGGCUCUAGAGUAGGUUUUUUCAGAAGCGGUUUAAUAACUACACAUUUAAAAGACUGUGGCACACAGACAGUUACUAAUGAGGUAUUAAUUAAAUUUAGGAUAGUGUCAGUAGUUAGGGGCAGAGUAUCUUUAAAUAGUUUGGCAGGGAUUGGGUCUAGGAGGCAAGUUGAUUAUUUAGAGGACAUAAUGAUUGAUGUUACAUCGGCUUGGUCUACAGUGGAGAAAUAAUUUAAUAUUAUAGAGGGGUUUAUAGGAGAUUCUAGGUUUGCAGCCUGAGCUGUGUCAGAGCUGAUAGUUGGAAGUAUUUUGUCUAUUUUGUUUCUAAUAGUUGAAAUUUUAUUGUUCAAGAAUUGUAGGAAGUCAUCACAGCUGAGAGUAACUGGAUUAGAGGGAUCUACUGAGCUGUGACUGUUUGUCAGCCUGGCUACAGUGCUGAACACAAACCUUAGGCUCUUCUUGUUUUCAUCUAUUAAGGAUGACUAAUAUCUAGUUUUAAAGAAUGUAAAGAAUCAAGUUUUAAAAAUGGGAAGAAGGGGCUCGGUUAAGCUAGGCUAGUAAGGCUAAAGAGGAGAGUUUUUUUUUUUUUUUUUUUUAAUCCACGAACAAAGCCUUUAGCUAAAAUCAGAUGUUGUCUUUGGCUCCGGGUGUUUACAGAGCCAACAGAAGACUAAAUUUAACCAGGUAAUAAGUGCUACAGAUAUUAGUUAAAUCGUGGAUGAAAACUAAAUGAAGAUCAGUAGGACAAUAACGACUAGCAACAACACCACCAAGCAAACACUACACUCACCUGGACGUGACGUCAAUCCACAUGUUCACAUUGUUUAUUGUUCACAGACAGAACCAGCUACUUCUGGAACUAUUUUCCACAGUUGUUUAGUGCAGUUUAAGCUCAUCCCCCCAAAUGUUCAACUCUUUCUUCACCACUAACUGCAUGUGUGAAUUAACUGUUGCACAACCUGAAGGAAACCAUUUGUUGAAGGCAUCAGAGUCCUGAAUCCAUGUGGUUUUGCAUCAGUCAUAAACAACAUGAUGAACAUCAUAUGGAUGAGACGGAAUGACUGAUGAGCUGGUAGUGGUUCAGUUCCAAACUGAGGCCAACGACAUGAAGGAGAUCACAUUCCGGUCAAGAAGGAAGUUCACCACCACCAAAGGAGACAUGACGGACUGAGUGUCAAUGUCACAACGAGUCAGUGCUCCAUCUAGUGGUCCAAUCUGGUAGUGGUCCAGUCCAGUGUUUUCCUUCACAUUAAACUGGUUUCAGCCUUUUUACACUGGUCUAAACCUGACCUGCAGAAUAUGCUUGAUUUGAUUGAAAAUGUUUUGAACUGCUGAUGACUGUGGUAAAGAGGAAACACGAUGUAUCAGAAAGUUCAGGACAUCAGUGGAACUGUUACUAAUAUUUUGUCAUGUUCUGUUGUUCUAUGUUCCACUUUAUCACCUGGUUUUAUUCUAAUUAAAAAGUGACCCUGAAACACAAGACAAAAGUAUUUACCAUCCAGCUUUUAAUGUCAUCCACACAUUAUUUGUUCAAUUACUUCUUAAUGUGACUUUUGCCAGGUGUUAGAACAGGUAAUUUUAUUUUCACAUCUGCAUCAAAGAAAUAUUACUGUCCUGAUUUAAUGUAUUCUCAUGUGCAUCGCUUCUGUUCUUUAAGUCUUAUUAAAACAUAGACUAGAUUAUGUUUAAUUUCUUUGAUUGUUUUAACAGGUUAUGGUGAUGGAGUGUGAAAUGUUUGUAGCACAGAUUAAAAUCUUGUUAAACUGAA